AUGGCUGAGAAGGACACGCGCGUCUCUGCUGAGCAGGAGCGAAAGCUCGAGGGCGGAGAGGCCGCCGCCCCGCCGCCAGCCAAGCCAGAGGCCCCCAGGAACGAUAUCCACCCGGCUCUCUACAUCGCGUACGGCAGUCCGCCCGUCCACAAACACCGCGAGAUGCUGACGACCAUCGCAGUCUGUGGAUCGGAUUGAGUGGAAGUGUCAUUCUGUUCAACAAGUGGGUGCUGCAUACCGCCAAAUUCCGUGAGUUUUCCCCCCCCCCCAUGUCACGAGAUGUAGCAACGCGCAAGCUGACUUUGAUCCUUAGAAUUUCGUAUGUUCGACAGCACCAUCGAUCGACUGAAUGAUAUUUCAUCUGACAUGAUAAAAUCUAGCUCUCUUCUUGACCACAUGGCACAUGGUCUUCGCGACGCUGGCGACGCAAGGUCUCGCCAAAUUCACCACCGUCCUCGACUCUCGCCACAAGGUCCCCAUGAACACCCAGACCUACACCAGAGCCAUCGUACCCAUCGGUCUCUUCUUCUCCUUCAGCUUGAUCUGCGGUAACAUCGCCUACCUCUACCUUUCCGUCUCCUUCAUCCAGAUGCUCAAGGCUUCCAACGCCGUCGCCACUCUCGUUGCAACCUGGGCCUUCGGCAUCUCCCCUCCCGACAUGAAGAAGCUGGCCAACGUCUCCGCCAUCAUGGUCGGAGUCAUCAUCGCUUCGUACGGAGAGAUCAAGUUUGUCUUGGUGGGUUUCCUCAUCCAGAUGGCCGGUAUCGUCUUCGAGGCUGUUCGCUUGGUCAUGGUUCAGCGAAUCUUGAGCUCCCCUGAAUUCAAGAUGGACCCACUUGUGUCCCUCUACUACUACGCUCCAGCAUGUGCUGCCAUCAACGCCAUCCCGACCAUCCUCUUCGAGCUGCCCAAGAUGCAAAUGGCCGACAUCUACAACCUCGGUCUCAUCACUCUCAUUGCCAACGCUGCCGUUGCCUUUAUGUUGAACGUUUCCGUCGUCUUCUUGGUAUGUGCAGUGCCAAGCCCCUCACUCAAUCCUCUUUCACUGACCUCUCUCCAGAUUGGCAAGACCUCCGCCGUCGUUCUCACGCUUUCCGGUGUGUUCAAGGACAUCCUACUGGUCGUUGCCUCCAUGGUCAUCUUCGGCGACCCGGUCUCGGGACUCCAAGUUUUCGGUUACGCCAUUGCUCUCGGUGGUCUGGUCUACUACAAGCUCGGAGCGGACGGCGUCAAGAACUUCGCCCGCGAUGCUCAGCUUUCUCUCGGGCAAAUGCGCCAGAACAACCCGGCCCGCACGAAAGCCCUGAUUGCAGGCGCUGGAAUCACCGUUGUCGUCAUUGUUCUCCUUAUGUUCUGGCCCCAGCUUCCGGCAGGAUACACGUCCGCCACGUCUGCAUUCGGCAGCUAA